CUCCUCCUCUUCGCCCUGGUGCUCCUGCUCGACGCGCAGAUCUGCAGGAUCGCGGUGCGCCACGCGCAGCAGAUCGCCGUCCAGCGCCAGUUCGUGGCCGCCGCCGCCCAGGCCACCUCCACCCGCAAGGGCCUGGCCACCCUCUCGCUCACCGUGGGCCUCUUCGCCGUCUGCUGGAUGCCCUUCGCCCUCUACGCCCUGGUGGCCGACGCCAGCUACCCGCCCGUCUACGCCCACGCCUUGGCCCUGCCGGCCGCCGCCCACUCCCUCCUCAACCCCUUCGUCUACGCCUUCCGCAACCCGGACAUCCAGAAGGCCCUCUGGCUGGCCUGCUGCGGCUGCAUCCCCGCCGGCUUCGCCUCCAGGCCCCGGACGUCCAGCGACGUGUGAGCGGAGAGGAGGGAGGCCCGGGGAGGGGCGCCCGCCGGCUUUGGGAACCGAAAACCCGGGGAACUCUCUCCCUCUCCCUCGUCCUCUACUUCCGACAGGUGGAGCCCCGAGAUCCGAGCAGAAAAGCAGGGUCGUGGGAAGAAGCCCUUCUUGGAGAUGAGACCCCCCCCCGUUCAAGCACCGCUCCUAAUGGUUAUUCUCUGGUCCGUGGUCUUCUUUAGAGGAACCCCACCCCUUAGGAUGGCUCCCUCGUGCCUCCCUCCGCUUGGACCGGUUCAUCUUUUCCUUUCCCUCCCCCUCCCCGCAAAAAGGAGGAGGUGUGGAUCCGGGCAGAGGCCGGUGUAACACGAUGGCCAAUCCUAUGUGUGGCCUGGAGGAAUUCCUUCCCGGGCUUGGGGCUGAAGAGCAAUCGCCUCAUUCCUGGAACGCCUUGCUCUGGACGCCUCCAUUCUCUGCCUCCCCCCCUCCCGCCGCCGCCCCCGCCUCCCUUUUAAGGUCCUUCCUGUGGAGCUCGGAGGGCCGGGACGAGAGGACGAGGGCCCGGCGUUUUGGAUGGCCUGGCGUUCUUUUCGUUUCUUCGAUGGAGAGGGAAGUGCGGGUGAUGGACCGGCCCUGUGAAUUCAACUGCUGAUUUUGCAAGCUGCUCAUCUCUCUCUCUCUCUCUCUCUCUCUCUCUCUCUGUGUGUGUGUGUGUGUGUGUGUGUGUGUGUGAGAGAGAGAGAGAGAGAGAGAGAGAGAGACAAGUCCCUUGGGGACACCGCACCGCGCCUCUUUAAAGGAACCACACUGCCGAGGAGAGCAGAGAGGUGCCUGGCCAAGAGCCAAUCGCUUCAUUUUCAACUCCCCUGAUUUAUCCUGAUCUGAGCCAUCAAAGGUGGAAACAAGAACAGAAAGGGCGGCACGUGGAAUCGGCAGCUCGCGAGGAACGUCCCCGAGGGACAGCGUGGGUGGCGCCGGCCCGACAUCCGCUUGUUUCUCUCGCCCAGCUUGGCCCUGCGGCUGUGCGCAAUGAAGGCAACCCCGGGCGGCGAGAAAACCAAACCGGGGAACUGCGGUGUUUGGGCAGGAACGGAGUCGGCUUCUCCUUCCAGGACUGUUCAGCACCGCGAGGUCUGGACAGCUCCGCGGAAUGGAGGCAAAGCCGCUUCCCUUCACCGAGGCUUCGCGCUCAUGUGAAGGAUCGGGGCUCUUGUUUUGAAAAAGAGAAGCGUAAUUCGCUCUCAUUACAAACGAGUAAGAAGGGCCUGAGGUAAGGGGCCAAACCAGAUGCCCUCUCGUUAGAAGGGGGCGGGUGUUCUUAAGUGCUGAAAACGUCUGAUUGUCACACCAGGAGCUUGUUGCACUUUCUGUAAUGUUUGUGUGUGUGUGUGUGUGUGUGUGAUUGAUUUUGAGGAAGAAAUCGCAAGCUUUGUUUCCGACCAAAAUGCAAAUAAUUGGUGAUUGUGGGUUUUUCGGGCUCUGUGGCCCUGAUCUGAAGGUUGUUCUUCUUAACG